CGUUACAUUUUAGAAAGUCUUUACAUUUUAUGUGUCUUUGACUCUUUGGAGGUUCAUCGUCCUAUAUAAAUGGAGCUGAUUUCUUGAAGCCUCCCCCAAACACCGCCUUAAACAAUGCAACCCUCCGACAUCACGCGCCUCCCCCACACCGGCCCAACCUCCCGUCACCGCUCUGAUCAUCCUCAUUGUCUCCGGCAACCACCGCCGGGGCCGCGGCGGGGGCUGGAAGACAAAAACGACGAGAGGAAAGAGAGGAGAAUGAUAUCGAACCGGGAGUCGGCGAGGCGGUCCCGGAUGCGGAGGCAAAGGCAGCUGCGUGAGCUCUGGUCGCACCUCCUCUGGCUCCGCGGCGAAAACCAGCUCCUCUGCCACCGGCUCGGCCGCCUCGCGGAGGGGUAUCGGCGAACCGUUGCCGAGAAUGCUCGGCUGAGGGAAGACGCCGCCGAGCUUCGGAAAUUCCUCACUCUUGAAAUGCAUUGCUUGGACGACGACUUACCUUUCCCCUAGUUUGAGAUGCGUGAGGGUGAUUAGGAU